UUAAAUGGCUUACUCAAAAAAAGAAACACUUGUUGCUAACCCUGAGAGUGAUAAAUGCCACUGUCCAAUAUGUCUAGAAAAGGUAAGAAAUCCGAAAUAUUUGCCGUGCUAUCACACAUUUUGUGAGCCGUGUAUUCAGACUUACAUUUCAAGUACGGCAGCACAUAAGGAAAAUGAAACAUUAAAAUCGAUCGAAUGUCCAGUGUGUCGUAGAUGUAUCGACGCUCCUAGGUGUGACAUUUCAAAUGAAGAGUGGGCAUCUGAAUUACCACAGAAUAAACUUAUUCUGACUAUGUCUGUAGAUCCUAAGCAAGAUGAAAAUAAAUACUGUAUGAUUUGCAAACGACAAGAGAAAACUGUACCUGCAAAGCACUGGUGCAAAGCAUGUAUGGAAGCUAUUUGCGAAGAUUGCAAAUUAUUACAUAGAGCUGUGAAAAGUUUGCAGAACCAUGAAAUUUUAAAUUUCUCCAACAUUAAGGAGGUGAGCAGUGGAGUGGAGGUAGAAGAGGUCUGUCUGUUGCACCAAGGGAAGAUACUUGAUGUGUUUUGCCACGACCAUCAGAAGCUGUGUUGUAGUAUAUGCCAUGUCAAACAGCAUAAAAUUUGCAAGAAUGUGGACACAGUUGAAGAUAUAGCUCUGGAGAUUGACCGAGAUAGUGUUCAAAACAUUGCUUUAAAAUAUAUUGAUUUGGAGAAAAGUCUUGAAGAAAUUCUUUUAGAAAACUUAAAUAAAGUAGCUAAACUCAAUACUAGGAAGCAGGAAAUCUGUAUGAACACUGAAGAGAAAGUUCAAGAAAUCAAGUCAUUAUUGGACAAUGCACAUGCAAUGUGGCAAAAACGAUUUGAGCAGAAUCAUGCAGAUUCUAUUGGAAAUAUUGAAUUAGCUUCUGAUGAGCUGAAACGGUUUUCCACUACAGUACAUGAAGCAAGAACCAUGUUACAAUCAGUGUUAAAGAGUGGGUCUUCAAAACAAUUGUUUAUUACAAACUGUAAAUUGCAAAAUCAGGUUUCUGAUCACAUCACUCGUUUAAAGUCUUUGGAUAUUUGGAAUUUCUCUGAAGAUUACAAGCAGCACAACUCGGACUUUCUUAGUCAAAUUUCCAACGCAAAAGAGUUUGAAGACGUAGAAUUGUCUAAACUACAAUCUUGGGCAUUGGAGAGAAUUUUAUGGAGUGCGCAAAUCUUCAUCGAUAAGGAUAAUGUUCUGCAAAAAAGAAAAACCAUGUCUCAAAAAGGAAUGGAUGAAAAUUGA